GUGCGACAAAUCUAUGUAUUUGUUUCAGGCAAAGAAGUAUUCCGGAUCCAUUUUAUUCAGUCGUAUCCAGAUUUUUGUUUGUACGUGGUCAUUACGAAGCGUCGUGUAAACUUGUUAAGAAGAGAAGACGUAAAUUGUAUCAAGAGAGGUGAAAAAAUAUGCAAUAAUGGAAACCGUUGCUAAAGAUUUACGUGGUCUAAGAGCUUGUUUAGUAUGUUCUUUGGUCAAGACAUUUGAUCAAUUUGAAUUUGAUGGUUGCGAUAAUUGCGAUGAAUUUUUACGUAUGAAGAAUAAUAAGGAUAAUGUUUUUGAUUGUACAAGCUCCAAUUUCGAUGGUAUGAUUGCUGCUAUGAGUCCUGAGGAUAGUUGGGUUUGCAAAUGGCAAAGAAUAAAUCGGUUUUGCAAAGGUGUAUAUGCAAUAUCAGUAUCAGGACGAUUACCAGCAGGUGUUAUAAGAGAUAUGAAAAGCAGAGGAAUAGCGUACAGGCCACGUGAUACAAGCCAAAGAUAAUUUCAAAAUUUGUAUUAUUACUACCAUAUUUUCUUGUAAUAUUAUUUAUUAGAAUAUUGUAAUUAUUUAUCUUGUAUUUGCACUAAGAAUUUUAUAAGAUUUUCACGAAAAUAUUAUAUCGAUUUGAUUGAUAUGAACUUUUGUUUAGGUUCCAAGAAUUCUCUUCUAAUUCCUUCAACCUUUUUGACUAUAAUUAAGAUUUUUGUAAGAUUUGCUCGCGACUCUUUACAUUUUCUCUAAUUCCAAAAGAUUACAAUAUAUUAAUAUUUCCUCUAAAUCUCUCAAUAUCUGUACAGAUUUUUAAACAGACUAGUUAGUAAUAUCUCGAAAACAUUUGAAUUUAAAGAAUAUAUACAACUUGCGUGGAAUCCAUUUUCUCUUAUCAUAAACACGUUCCACAUCAUUCUUUCAAAUCAGGUUCGUGUUAUCCGAUAAAUUUUAAAAAAUGGUAAUGUUUGAUUUUCUAAUUAUUAUAGCUAAAUACAAAGUUAGUUUGCUCUGAUUUUCUACAAAUUCUCAUGUAAUAAGUUAAUGUGUGUACAUUAAAAAUUUACGAAUGCAA